GGUGCUGCUCCAGGUGAUUCCUUGCAGUCUGAGUUGGUGUUGCUGGACGUCUGGGUGAAGGUGAAGGAAGAUGGUUCACCUGCGUCGCAAGGUGCUUCACCUGUGUUGCAAGAUGGUUCACCUGCCUCACCAGACAGUUCACCUGCCUCACCAGACAGUUCACCUGCCUCACCAGACAGUUCACCUGCCUCACCAGACAGUUCACCUGCCUCACCAGACAGUUCACCUGCCUCACCAGACAGUUCACCUGCCUCACCAGACAGUACCGUCGUCCACUUGGCGGCAAAGUUCUACAGUUUAAAUAUAAUGACUCGCGAGUUAAACAAGAGGAUGAAUUCCGGCCAGAAGGAACACUUGAUAUAUACAAAGAUAAUUAAAGAGCUCAACCAGUUCCAGGCAGACAGAGCCCCUGACGAGCCUGGAAUAUCCAUUCCACAUUUAAUCUAUGGACGAUGUGCUGGUAAUGAAAAUGUUUUACUAAUGGAAAACAUUAAAAUCCAGGGAUACAACACUGUUGACAAGCGUAAGGGGCUGGAUUUUGAGCAUCUUAAGGUCUGUAUAGAACACAUUGCCAGACUUCACGCCCUUUCACAUGCGUUCUAUAGGGAGAAAGAUUUCCGUAAUAAAUACCCUUGCUUUCAGUCCACUUCGGAGCACCUCAAGUUUCUUAAACCAGUAUUAGAUGCUAUGCUAGAUAUUGCCAUUGCAUUUCUUAGGACUCUGAACGACAAGAAGGAUGUCACACAGAGACUCGAAGCAUGUAAACAGAGUUUAUUAGAUAAAUAUUCAGCAAUACUGCUGGAUGGAGAAAGUAUCACGUGUUUAAAUCAUGGAGAUUGUUGGAUUAAUAAUAUAAUGUAUAGAUAUAAGAGCCCAUUGGCACGGACAAGCCAUGUGGACUCGCAGGCAAACAAUGAGGACUCGCAGACAAGCCAACAUGACUCUCCAGCAAGUCAUAAGGACUCACAAACACUUGCAAGCCAUGAACAGUCAUGGGCAACUCACAAGGACUCACAGGACGGCCACAACAUCUCAAAGGCACCUGCAAGCCAGAGGGUCUCCCACGCCCAUGAAAGCCAUCAAGAAAUCGAUGCAUUAAAAAUCAUUGACUGGGGUAACAGUACUUGGGGCAAUCCGGUGUUUGAUCUACAGUUUCUCCUCUACACGUCCACUACUCGCACCGUCAGGAACGCUCAUCUAGAUCACCUGCUGCGCCUCUACCAUUCUACCUUCACUAAGCUUACUGCUAAGCUGGGCUCACCUGCUGCCAACUGGAGCUACGAACAAUUUAAACUAGACUGGGACAGGACUUACACUGUAGGGUUCCUCUUCGGCAGUACUAUGAGUUUAGGAACACUGAACACCAGUAUUAAUGUCAACAAAGCACCACAGCCUUCAUGCCUAGACAAGCCUUUUCUCUUACCAGUCAAAGUGGUUGUUGAUGGUAUAAAGCUAGGAAUGGUGAAGCUAUUCCUUCCUUUAUUUGAAAAGCCAAAAUUUGGGAGAGUUCCUCCAAAAAAACAUUUUCUCUACAUAUAA